AUGACUAAAGAAGCAAAUAGUACUGCAAUUAACUCAUUCAAUAGUAAUCAUAGCGAGUAUGAUGUUUUCCGUCCUUCGUUUACUCCAAUCUUGGUGAAUCCAUUUUUAGCACACCUUGGAUUAGCCAAAAAGGAACCCGAGGGAUAUUCAUUCGACACUUCAAAAGUAAUUGUUGAAAUAGCUUCUGGUACUGGUAAAUUCACCCAGAAUCUUGUUGAUAAUGGAUGGAAAGACAAUUUAAUUGUUGUUGAACCAAGUAAAGGCAUGUUGCUAACUUUCAAUGAGAAAUUCCCUCAAAUUAGGAAACAAAUCCUUGCUUCAUCUUAUCAGAUUCCAUUGGAUGAUAAUUCAGUAGAUGCAGUUAUUAUAGCACAAGGAUUUCAUUGGUUUUCGGAUCUUGAAAGUUUAAAAGAAAUUUACCGAAUUUUAAAACCAGAAGGAAAAUUGGGAUUAAUUUGGAAUUUUGAUUAUACUAGUCCAUGUCAUGAUUCUCCAAUUGGUAAAACUGAAUUUUAUAAUGCUGGUAGUCAAUAUUUCCGUGAAUUGGAAUUCAAUGUAGCUAAAAAUAACAAAGAAGUAUUUGAGCAAUUUUUUGAUAAACAACCAUGGAAUAAAGCUGUCACUCAAUACAUUUAUGAAUUUGAUGUACAUGUUCCACAAUAUAGACAUGGCAAAUGGAAAGAAGUCUUGAAAAAGAAUCCGUAUUUUGGAACUAAUGAACUUAACUUGUUUACAUUUUAUGAUCAAUAUAUCAAUAAGAAUGAUGUUUGGAAAUACUGGGAAACAAGAUCUUAUAUAACUAGUAUGACUGAUGAAGAAAAAAAUAAGGUGAAAGAGCAUGUUGCCAAAUUGAUCUCCGAAAAUAUCACCAAUUCAAGUUUUGUCGACAAAGAUAAAGAAUUAUUGAUAAAACCUAUGGCUACCCAUGCAGUUGUAGUUCAAUCAACAAAAGAAUAG